UCGUUUAUAAGUGAUACUGCAUGAUUUACUGAAGUUGCGGUUUCAGAGAGCAUCGGCGAGCAAAGGGUUAACUUCUGAAUGAGUGCACACAGAUUGAGAGAGAGAGAGCGCGAGAGAGAUCGAGGCCUGGCGUGUCUGCUCCCGCUGCGGCCACGAGAGGGAAAAGUUUGGAGAAAAGUAUUUUGGCGGAAGAGUUUGAGAGAGGAGAAAGCUCCAACCGAACCUCCCCGAGGUGAAACACCACACUAACAGAAGAUCCGGUUCAACGGUCUCUCAAGGAGUUUAGAAACUUGUAAGGAGAGGAAAAGAGCACGGUAAUAUAGGAAAAGGAGGCAUCGGCAAAACAAAAUCAGGGGACUGGUUUCGGUGUCAUAAAGAACUGGUCAGCUCUUGCUACCUGACCCCCAGUGCAAGGAAGCCAAGCGUAGGGUGGGGUCAGUGAUCGGUGUUGGAUCUUACUUGGGAUUUGACGGCAGCCUGAGAAACUUUUCCCCCAUCUUCCUGCCCGGAUCCUAUUCCCACUCUCCCGCCUUGUUUCACCUGGGAGAGGAAGUCGGCUCCUUCCGGCCGUGUCGGUGGACCAGAGAGUUGGGCAACAGACUUCCUAGAUCAAGCACCUGCAUUGUAUAUGGUGGCAGAGAAGCAAUACCAGUAAUAGGGAUAACACAACGAUUCAAAUCCUAUAUCGACUCCCAGGAAGUUUCAUUGCGAUCUUGACUAGACUCUGCCCCCCCCCCCCCCAUACACAGUGCAAUUAUCUCCAUACACGGUCUGAACGGAAACUCGAGAAAGGGGAGGGCUUAACUAUUUUAAAUUUAUUCAAUUAAUUUUCAUCGCUGUUACAAAAAUACUUGUUUCACCUAACCUGCUUGCACCUGUAUUUCCAUUGUCUGAGGAUGAGGGGUCUUUAACUGGAGUUGAGAGAAGAAUUGCCAGCAUCCUGAGCUGUUUGGCCCGAGCCUUGGCGAGUCGCCCUUCACGCCCAGGUGUACAGGUGCGCCGGCAAUCAGUCGUUCACCUGUGCUACGCUCGGUUCUGUCGCAAGCUGUCGGCAUGAAGGUGACGGUGCAAUUCGGCCGCACGGCCAUCGUCGUACCUUGUGGUGACGGGACCCUCAGCGUUCAACAACUGAUACACCAGGCCGUCCAGAGAUACUGCAAGAACGCUGCCAAGGAUGCUGGAUACUCGAUUAAGAUUCACCAUUUGGAAUAUACAGAUGGAGGGAUACUAGAUCCAGAUGAUGUUCUGAUUGAUGUAGUAGAAGACAAAGAUAAGCUUGUUGCAGUAUAUGAAGAACAAGAGGCGCAGCGUGCAGAUGAAGUUGCCGAUGGCAACGUGAGUGACAGACAAAGUCCGGACACGUUUGAGAGUGAGCUCGCAGCGCAGCUUGCGGCCUUUCAGCCUAUUACUGGAGAAAUUGAAGUUACCCCCUCGGCACUGAAAGCCAGCACGCCGCUUCUAGUACGGCGAAGCAGUGACCCAGCUCUUGUACCACCUGCCCAGUUACAGCAAGGUGCAUCUCAGCCUGAUGAUCCCGCUAACAGGAACCUGCACGUGAAGCCAGUCAUAACAGUAGCAAACUGGGCACCCACAGACGAUGUAAGAACAGAGCCUCCAGGACCACCAGACAAGCAUUCAAAAAGCACUCUAAGUGAUUUGACAAAGAAGGUAGAAUUUUCUGGAGACUGCGGCCCCCUGGGGAUCCAUGUGGUGCCCUUUAACUCUACGCUGAGUGGAAGAUUCCUUGGCCUGAAUAUUCGUGGUAUUGAAGAGAACAGCCGUUCAAGAAAAGAGAACCUGCUCCAGGAGAAUGAGUGUAUCAUCAAAAUCAAUGACUGUGAUUUAACAGACAAGACCUUUGUUCAAGCACAAGAGGUUUUCCGAAACGCAUUGCAAUUUCCUGCUGUUGAACUCCAGAUAGUUCCAAGUUAUAACAGGGAACUCUAUGAAAAAUUUGCAAUUGGGUCUAUUCUGAGCCACGUUCGUGACGAUGAUUCAAAAACCAAAGUUCCUUCUUCAGUGUGUUCCAAGCCAGGUGGCAAACCUGCAGAUGCCGUUUAUCCCAACAAUGCUGAGAGUAGCUCGCCAUUGAUUUCAAAGAAGCUCAGUAGUCCAAAACAGUUAAGGAGCAAUAACCACUUAAUGCAUACCAGGAAAGCAUCUUCGCCAACAUCACUUGGGGGACCUGGAACCAAGAAGCAAGGAAAAAAGAUCAAAAUCGAUUUGAAAAAAGGGUCAGAAGGACUUGGUUUUACGGUGGUCACAAGAGAGUCAAGUGUACAUGGACCUGGUCCCAUUUUGGUCAAAAAUAUUCUUCCCAGAGGAGCAGCUGUUAAAGAUGGUAGACUGCAGUCUGGAGACAGGAUUUUAGAGGUGAAUGGCAUCGAUAUCAUGGGGAAGACCCAGGAGGAACUGGUUGGAAUGCUGCGUGGUACAAAACACGGAGAGACUGUUUCACUUGUGGUUGCACGUCAAGAAGAUGUCUUCGUACCCCGAGAAUUGAAGGGGGAACAAAACUGUAACCUUCCUACAGAUGAGAGAAAGGAGCAACUGAUCUUUGAGAUCCCACUCAAUGACUCUGGUUCUGCUGGCUUGGGCAUCAGCCUUAAAGGAAACAAAUCAAAAGAGACUGGAGCUGACCUUGGAAUAUUCAUUAAGGCUAUUCUUCAUGGAGGGGCAGCUUUCAAGGACGGGCGCCUGCGUGUCAAUGAUCAGCUGAUUGCAGUGAACAGUGAACAACUGCUGGAUAAAUCCAACCACGAAGCUUUGGAAACAUUGCGACGAUCCAUGUCCAUGGAGGGGAAUAUCCGAGGAAUGAUCAAGGUGAUGGUGGCCAGGAGGAUAGAGAAUCCCCAAGAGGAUCGUCCGGAGAUUGGUGCUAUUCAGGCCCACAACGCUCGGAGCAGUAACAGUCCAAGACAAAUGCAUACUCAGCCACCUGAUCCUCGAGAGGGGGAUACGUUAGCUUAUGGUGAGGGAGAAGCUGAAGUUCCACCUCCUAUUCCACCACAUUUAGAUGAAGAGGAAGCCAUGGGUAUGCACAAGAUGCGGUUGUUACAUGAAGAUAAGAGCUCAGAGCUCAAUUCCACUUCCCGACUGCAGCUGCAGAGACCUCUGGAUGGAGUUUUGGAAUGUCAGCCUGGUGUCACUGCCAAGAGGCAGUCUCCCGGAAAAAUGAGUGGCUCUAAGAGCAUGGAUUUGGUGGCAGAUGAAAGUAAUGUUGGAUCCCUGGCCGUGCACCAAUAUGAUUCCACAGGGAAGGAUGUGGGCCCUAUGCUAGGUUUGAAGAAGUCUAGCUCGCUCGAGAGUUUGCAGACAGCUGUUGCAGAGGUCAGGAAGAAUGAACUCCCUUUCCACAGACCCCGACCUCACAUGGUCCGUGGCCGAGGCUGCAACGAGAGUUUCAGGGCUGCAAUUGACAAGUCUUAUGAUGGACCAGAAAUUCCUGAUGAUGAUUCGGAAGACAGCUGUCAGUCAGGCCAUGAGACCCCAGGUAGUGAAUCCGCAUUCCAGGGAACUGCCGAGCUUGAAGAUACGGAGAGCUCUGACAGUAAGAUGAAGAAGGGGAAAAAAAAGAAAGACAAGAAAAAAAAGGUGAAAACAAAAACAAAGGAAAAGGACAAAAAGAAGGAAAAUGAGAGACAAGAAAAGAAAGUCAAGAAGAAGGGAUUUGGAGCCAUGCUUAGAUUUGGUAAGAAAAAGGAAGACAAAGGGAAAGAGCAAAAGAUCAAGCAAAAAAAUGAUGCCCUGAAUGAAGAAGAACUGGAGAGAAUGAAAGAAGAACGUGACAGGAUUGAAGCCAAGCAUCAAGAGCUCAGAGAGAAGCUGGCACGGGAACGCUAUGAUCAGCUCCCUCCCACCAGCCUUUCGGUGCCUGACAUUGAAGACGACGACAUGGACCCAAACUAUGCUCGGGUGAACCAUUUCCGGGAACCACCAGCAUCCCACGGUGGAUUCAAGCCCCCUUCCCCACAGCUGCAGCCAAUAAACCCACAUCGGGCUUUGAGUGCAGAGCAGGAGAACCUGGAUGGACUGUAUGCCAAGAUCAACAAGCAGCGACCUCCUGCUCCUGACAGUUCAAGACCGAACAACAUGGAAAGAAUCCACCAGCUGAGGAAGGAGUAUCACCAAGCCAGGAGGGAGGGUGUCAUCCCAUCAUACGAUGAGCACGAAGGCAGGUGGUGGCCUGGAGACUACGAGCCACCUUGGGUUCAGGUUCCGGUGAAAGGACCAAAUAGCCGACCAGGAUUUGAAGAGCUGGAACACCAGUACUCCUCCACAUUACCAAGGCAUAUUCCUGGAGAACCAGAGGAAUAUCGUCUCCGAGCUUCCUAUGGUGAUAGAGAACCUCCCAGAUACUUGGGUGCACAACGCCACGCCAUAGGAUACCCACAUCGAGGGAACUAUCCACGGAACGCUGCCGACGCCCGCUUGGAUCCCAGGAUCCCAGAUUACCCGAGCGGUGCCAGGCUGCGGGAGGCUAGGUACAACCCUCCUGCUCAGUACAAGGGACCCCACAGGCAUGACGUGCCUCCAUCUCCAACACAGACUUUUAAGUUGUCUCGCUACCAUGACCAGGGCAAGGUGGAGUACCGAGGGAGCAGCCCAGACCGAUAUAGGUACCCCUAUCAAGAAAAUCGACAUCAAGACCCCAGGCAAAAGAAUGGUAUGACAGCAGCUGUCUAGCCAGGAACUGAUGAAGUGAUGCCAAGGUACUGCUUUAUUGCACCAAGGCAACACUUCAGCAGACAUUGUCCUCGACCGCUCUCUCAACAUCCUCAAUGAUCACUUUGCCUCCCUUUUAUGAAUAGAUGCGUGUCCCUGAAUCAAGAAUGAAAAUAAAUAAUUAGAAUGCCAUCCAGUCUGAGCAGGACUUCUGAUAAUGCUACACAGAGAAACUGACCAAAAUCAACCCUACAAUGGGGAUACUUCUGCCAGAGAAGGGACCUGAUAAUGCAAUUGUUGACAUGCUUUUUUUGGAAAACGUCAUCUCACAAUCAAGUUGCCAAGGUUGCAAUUGAACUGAGCCCCUGCAUAAAAUUAAAAGCAGCAUGCCUUAUAACUGCAUUAUAUAGUGGAAUGCUAUUGGGCAGGAAAUUAAUCACAAGCUUCAGAUGAGUUUUUAAAGAGACAUUGCCUGAACUAUUGAUCCAAAUGUAAUCAUUGCAUCCAUUCCUAGGUAUUCUCCUAGCAUUCAUUUAUUACAUAUUAAGCAGGUCUUCCAUUCACAAAUAGGCAAACCUUCAACUGUGCUGUGAAGAAUUAUAUUACUGGUAUGAGUGCCAAGUCAAGAAUCAAAUGGCCUGCGAAGUUCUGGUCAAGAGGAUCUUUGCCAAGCCAUCGUGGUGCAGACUUCAGAAGGCUGACACCAACUUUGCUUGUUUUCUACUACUUAUUAAGGUGUUAACCAACAAAAAUCAUUACGAAUGCAACAGAUGUUGACCAAUUUCUGUGAAUGAUAAUUACUGAAUGUUCAUUGUUAUCCUCCUGUAUUAUAAUCUCUCAAGAAAGCAGUCUCUAUAAUUAUCAAGAGUUGAAAGUCUUCUGAUAUCUCUUUCAGAUGACAUCACUCCACAUCUUAUUCAUCCCAGCUAUCCAAUUUAUUACCUCUCCACAAACCAGCAAUAAUUUCCCUUUUAAUAUGUCAAACACUUUUUUAAUAUCUGAUAGUUAGCAAGAUGUAAUUUGUGAUUUCAGACUGAAUGCUAGUUUCAAAGCCUGUUCUCCAUUCGCUAAGAGACGCCUUUUAGAGUGUUCCAGGGAAUUGUCAGCCUCAUGAUACCAUAUAAUGAUGUCAUUCAGCUGGAUUAAAAUAUAUAGGAUGCCCAUAAAUGUCAGUUUUAGAGGGCUUUGGUAAUUACAUUUCAUUAAAAAUGGUUUGUCCACCUGCAAUUAAAUAGAAAAUUGUAUUUCUUUAGGCUUAAAACACAUUUUGUGAUGGAGAAAUACAUAGAAAUUAAGAAUUAAACUCCUAGGUCUGUAUGUAACUCUAGGUAGUGUCAAACAGUUCAACGAAAGGACUCCAACCAUACUCUCUCAUCUUGUGAAUUGUACACACUAUGAGUCAGUCAUAGGCCCACAUCUAGUCACUGUUUUGUGCUAAGUGACAAAUUUUGGCCAGAGUGGCAGGAGUUUGUCUCUGAAUGUGGAAAGGGGGAACUAAACUAGCCAUCUUGCUGCUCUUAAGUUGCUUUCACCUCUCACUCACUCACCCCCGGGCUCACGUUGGGUGUGGGAGGAAUGGUUUUGAUCGACGUUCCCCUUAGAUACACCUGCCACCAGCUCCGAGUUCCAAAAUACUUCUGUCGCUCACUGCCUAGCUGUUGAAGGAAGGUUGUGGGUGCCUCUAAAAAUUUACCAAGAGGAAGCAGUAGCAAAAGAAUUGACACCAACAGGCUAGAAAAGAAAUGCUAUCUUAACCACUUUUUCUGCCCACCCUCCCCUUCACAUUGCAGUGACUGAUUAUUAUGCUCCAAAUGACAGAAAUAUCCACUUGAAAAUCUAUUCCCUCUGAGAUAUUGCACAGGUUUUCAUGACAAUUUGAUUGGCCUUUGAAUGAUGCAGCAAUAGAACAAUUUACGUUUGUGAGAAGCUUUCAGUGUGUGAUUGGUUAUCUUUUUAUGAUGACCCAUUCAGUCCUGAUUAACUAAUCCAUUACAUGUGGUUUCAGUAUUCCACCAUGAAAUCAUUACAAUGAGAGAGCUAUAGAAAAAGAGAGAUGGCUGUAAUUGAGUUGUGGUCACCUUGAGUGGAACUUGCAAUAGUAUAAAAGCUUGUAACAUCAUGGAACCAGGAGGAGACCAAUUACUCCAAAUUUUUUAUUCCACCAUAUCUGUCACCAUAUUUGACUAAAUACCUCACUUAAUUUGUGGGUAGAGUUAAGGAGACGCUGUAAACAAUAUAUACUUAAUCCGAAGGAACAUAGAGGCAUACAGCUCUGAAACAGCCCACCAAGUGAUGCUAACCAUUAAGCACCCUUUUACACUAAACCUAUACUAAAUCGAUUUUAUUCUUCCCACAUUCCCAUCACCUCUCUCCCCCAGCUUCUACCACUCAUUAAAGGUAGUCCACAGAUGUUAAUUAAACUAGCAAACCUCAGUGCCUUUGGGACAUGGGAGGAAACUGAAGUAUUCGGAGGAAACCUGUGCAGUUACAGUGAGAACAUGCGAACUUCACACAGACACUAGAGAGGCCGGGAUUGAACCUGUGUCACUGGAGCUGUGAAGCAGUGGCUCCACUGACUCUUCCCCUGUGCAGCCCCAAAAGAUCCGAUUCAAAGACCAGUUAACUUCCUUAAAUCUCAGCCUGUUCCUUAAAGAGCAAAAAUCACUUCAGUUUUUUAAACUUACAUUUGACACUGGUCAUCUCAGUGGCAGUAGUUCCAGAAUUCUGCUUUUUUUUGUACUAACCAAAUGAUUAUGAUCUAUUUUUUAUGCUCUUAUCCUUCUGCUAGAUCAGCUGCCAACCAUUCCUGACAAGUUCCAUUCGCCCAAAGUGACUGGUUUUAAGACGCCAGUAGCCCAGCUUUGCCCCUUCUCCUGUCAAUAGAAAUGGUUUUGCUGGGCUUAGUAGCUAAGCCACAUGUGAAGACCAGGAGCUGGUUGUCAGAGGCCAUUUGAGAUGCACACCAUUGAGAGGUUUAAUAAGUAAUGGGAGCUCAUCCCCACUUCCUUUCCCCAAUGGCUGUGACAACCUUAAGGGACUAAUCCCUUCAUUCCCAAGAUAUUCAAAUGUCUAACUAAAAACCUCUUAAGCAUCACGAUUGUCUCUGCUUCUACCAGUACCCCUGGCAGCCCAUUCCAGGCAUCUACCUUACUCUAUGUUAACAAAAGUACUUCCCUGCACACCUCUUUUUAAAUCUUACCCCUUUCACUUUCAAUACAUGUCCUCUGGCAUUUGACUAUAUUACCAUGGGGGAAAAUACCAGGGUUCAUUUCCUGGACAAAAGCUGAGCUCUCUUUUCAGUCUUGCUUCUUUUUUUUUCCUGCAUACCCGCCUUGCAUCUGUAGCUCAGGGAAGUUUAGCUUUAGCUCAGUAAAUCUUCCUUCUUGUCCAUGCUGAUGAUACAGUGAAGGAUGCCCGAUCGCAGCACUUUGCUAAGCUCCGCUUGCUCAGAAUAUCCUCAGGUGGAUAUUUGAAAGCUCGGCUCUCAAGGGAGUUGAAAUACUACAAUUUGUAGUAGAGAAUAAUGGAGAUUCAGGAGCAAGCAGCAGGCUGCAAUCGUCCUUAUUAAGAGUUGAAAUAUCUCCUGCACAGAAGAAUUGACUAGCUCUGUGUGAUUGCUAAUCUAAUGAAAAUGUGAAGAAGUUUUUGACAAAGGGUUCUACCCAGACAUCGGCUUGACUUUUCUAACUAUAUCUGAAGACUCCUUUGCUGUUUUCUGUUCAUAGUACGUAGAAUCCAACUGAAAUGUGGAUAUUUUAUUAAAGAAUAAUGGAUAAAACAAAUUAAUUACAAAUAUAAUAAUUCUAACUGAGACUUCAAACAUAGAAACUUGGCUACCAUUCAGAAGAACUGCUGUUGAUCACUUGUUGACUUCUGGAGAUCCAUUCCAAUGGGGUGUCGGAACAGCACAGCACCAUAAGGUGAGGGAGACUGGCCAGAUACUGAAAUUCUGUACAAGUCCUUGCGGGCAGCAAUUAAAAUAUUAACAAACAACCUUGAGAGUCACUUCAUCAACAAAGCCAAAAAUGUAAUUGGGAUUAUGGAUUUGGGGAACUCUUCUCCCAUCUCACUGAGUGUUUUUGUUUUCUCUUUUUAUAAACAUUUAUUAUUAAUUACAGACUCGAUUAUUUUUUACUCCAGCCAUGUACACUCGUUAUAUAAAAGCAGAUUAUUUCCUGUC